AUGUAAAUGAACCGAAGCAGAUUAUGAGCUAGUCAAGAUUGACUCAACUUGAAUGGGCUUGAUUCAAGCUUGAAUUUAAGUACUAAAUUCGUGAUAAUAAUGUGUCAAUUUAAGUUUUAGGCCUAGAGAAUCAUGAGUUGACCUAGUAAUUGAAGAAUUUCUCUUUCACCUUUGUGAUGAAAGUUCGAUUUACACCACCUACAUGACGAUCAAUUUCCUUUCUCAUCUUGCUUGUCAGAAUUUUGUACAGCCUUACCGUGACGUCAAAAGCUAUAGGCUCGAAUAUUAUUAUAUUAGUAUUUUAGUAUGUCUUUUGCCGUUCGUUUUCGAUGUGUUUUGACUCUUAGAGCUUUGACAUUAAUGACAUAGCUAGAAUGAAACUUUUUAGUUAGAAAUUAGAAUUUGCUAUUCAUUUUCAGUACGGUCUUGAACUGAAAAGGAUACAUCAUUAUACGUAGUGCAAGCAAGAAUGAAUUGUGGAGCGUGAAAACUUGGAAAUAGCAGCAUGACUAAAUCAUUGUGGAAUUAGAUUGAUCCAUAUGGCAAAUUGACCAAAGUUCUCUUGUCCACUCUCUGAGUAUAGAUUGUCCGUCACCUUCUCUUAUCUAAACCCUAUUUUCAAACGAGAUUUUGGGUUGACGAUGAUAAUAAUGACGUUUGGUAACUUUUCCAUUUAUUUUCCUCCUUCAACAAUCAACCAUGUACAUGAAAUUUUUUUAUAUUAUAGGGUAGGCUGAGCGAAGAGAAUUAGGGUGAAAAUUAAUAAUGAUAUCUUGCCCAUAAAAGAUGAUAUAUACUCUUAUUGAGAUAAGAUUCAAUUCUCUAUACGUGUAACCUUAGUUGUGUGUAUUUUUUGUUGACCCAUAUUUAAAUCAUCAACAAAGUUGGUAACUGCACCUUUUUGUUAUUGCAUUCGCCCGGUGUAUGUACGAUUUUCGACAUCCAAUUAAUUUUUGAUUUUUGAAACAAAUAUGAAGCACACUUUAAGGGGUGUUUGGUAUACUUUUUUGGGUCUAGGUAAUGGAUUCAUUUAAUCCAAUCCAUUACUAUAGUUUGUGAUGUGAUAUACGUUACCUCAAGGAAACAUAUAAGGUUACUGUUAUUCAUGAAUCAAAAUCUAUUACUUCGUUAUCCAUAGGAAUUUCUGGGUAAAAAGUGUGUUAAGACUAUGCAACAACAAAGUGUACUUAUGAAAAGCGUAGGAUUUUUCUUAUUGAUCUCAAUUUUCAAGGGGAUUUUUUUGAUGAUUUCUUAAUCAAGAAGUCUCUUAUGAAACUGUCUCACAGUGAGAUGGGUCUAUAUAAACGAUCCACUUAGUGAUUUUUUUAAAGAAAUACAUUAGUAAAUUGAAAUUUAACUGAACAUUUUAUACUUGAUAACUAUUUAAAUUAAAUAUUGGAUCAGUUUAUAUUAAACUGUCUCACAAUGAGACGAUCUUAUUAAAAAAUUUGUGUUUUCAAAUUACCAAUAUCUUCAAGUCGUAUUACGAAGGUCUUAUUAUUUGGUUCUAUGUGUAAAAUUCCCCCUACUGGUUAAGAGCACAUCAAAAUUUAAAUCAAACAAGUGAGGAAAAGGUAAAUAAGUAUUUCCGUUAUGUUAUCAUACCAAACAACUAAUAACCCUUAACCUUAUCCUUACCCCCUCUUUAUCAAUUCCAUUUCUAUUACAUUUUCUUUGCCCGUACCAAUCAGCCUUAAGAGUUUUGGGUUCUAUGCUUGUCCUUUUAUCGUAUAAAAGCUCUUUUAGAUGCACUAUAACUAUAAGCUCUUUCAGAAGCAAUGGACGACACUUGAAUAAUAAUUUGUCACAUGCCAUUGUCGCUAAAUUUGGAUGCGUUGUAAAAUUUGAUGACAAUGACUAAACCAAAGAACUACAUUGUUUUCUUUUUUUUGCUAAAAAAAAAUGUUGCGUGAUCACGGUGAGAAUAUGUCAAUUAAAUUAAUAAAUCACUCGUUUUUUAUUGGACUUUUUGUAUGGAUUAUCUUACCAUAUAUGAAACGACUAUAUACAAUCUUUUUCUUUUAUUAAAAAACGUCAUAUUUUAUUCGUAUGUGGCCAAUUGUUUUUCAAAUAGAGCCAUUUCUAUAAAUAUUAAUAUAAAUAACAUUAUGACAAUCUAGAGCUAUUUAUGAACGAGUUGUCAGUCAUAAUCCAACUCGAAUAAUAGCAGGAUUUAAAUAACAUUUUUAAAAACAUUUAAAAUUUGGGCGGGCCAAAUCCAUGCUAACAACGUAAAAAAAUUAUCUGCCAGUAAGACUGUCCAUUCGUUUAUUUUUAAUUUAUUUUUAUUUUAUAAGUUCUUUUUAUAGUAAUUUUUUCUGUGUUUUAUUCUUUUAGGAAUAAGACUGUAUUCUCAUAAAUCGACUUAGCUUAGAUUUUGAUAACGUUUUAACUUUUAGUGUCCGAAUUCCCUUUUCCAUUUAUAUGGUCUCACAGAUAAACAUUAACAUUAAAAGCAAGAAUGCCAUUUUCUAAUUUUUUAUAAAUUGAAAAUAUUGCAUUGAUUUCUUAGAAGUGCAUCUCCAUCUAAUAUAUAAUCGGUUGCUUAACCAUGCUUGCAAUAUAUGUCAUGUAAAUAAUAAAUCAGGCCGUAUUGUAUGAGACUAUCUCCCAUAAUAUCAAAAUAAGAAGUUCAUUAGAUAAAAGUUUCUAUUAUUAAGCUAUUUAAUCCAGGUAUGUGGUAUGUCUCACGGUGAAUCCGUUUCAUAUAAGAAUUUGUGAUGAUAAAUACCCAAAAAUAUAAAAAUCGAUGUGGAAUAAUCUAAUAUUUUAAAAUACAUAAUAUAUUUUUUGAAGAAUAUAUGUGAAUUAUGAGUAAAUAAUUUAUAUGGAACGAUGAAAGAGGAAAAUAAUACACUAAUUGUAUUUAUAGGAGAAAAUAGAGCCAUUCAUAUAGCUUUCGAAGAACAUAAAUCAUGGAUCAUGUCGAGCUGGACUAUACUUAAAUUACUUACUGCCAGUUGGGUCUGUGCCCCAUUAAAAACUCAUUUUUGUUUACACUUUCUCCCUCCUAAAAUAGGGUGACAUUGACCGAAAGAAUGUCAAAGUGUAGUUGACUUUGACUUGAUAGUGAACAAGUGAUAUUUUCUUUCCCGUUUUUACUCCUACAACUCAACUAUAGAAUAUAGAAUAGUACCCAUUUAAGGUAAUUAUUUGGCUGUUUGGUAUGUGGUCGAAGAGGGUAUUAAGUAUUAAACCAAAAUUUCUAACUCAUCAUUCUAUUGCUAAAUUUGAAUGCUUAUUAAACAAAUAGUACUACAUCUUUUUGUCACAAUGUAGUGGAGGUCACGUCUCCUAGGCUCCUAGCUCUUAAGGCUCAAUUCUUUCAUAGAAGUGCAUUUUUUGUCGGUUAGUUUCAUUUAAUUGCAAUUACUUGCUCAAAUUGUUCAAUUUUAUAUUAACCAAGUCUAUUAUAAUUCCAAAAUAUGCUAGCAUAUUCCUUAAUAUUUAUUGAUGGUAAUGUGUUUUGAAGAAGAAAAUUAGUUGAUAAUUCUUUGGAAAAAAAUUAAUAAUCCAACUUAUUGCCUAUCCGUCUAAAAUUAUUUUACUUUUGGAUUACUUAUGAAUAUUUUUUACUUAUUAUAUGGAGGAUGCUGAAAAUACACCAUGGUCUCUUUUCAAGAAAAUGGGACAUGCUAUAUGCACAUUUGAAAUUCAUCUGAUUAGGCUCCUAAAAUAUCUAAGGUGGACCAGUAUGCCAUAUUGGUCUUGUAAUAAUAUAAUACACUCAAGUUUUUUCAGUUUUUAAUUUUUAGAUAGAUGGUUUAUUUCUUGAGUAAAAUUUAUGCUUUAUUUACUACUACUAAAUUUUAUUAUUUCUUCUCAUAUUUUGAUAUAUAGAGAAAAUUAAAAGUUAAUCAACUCUAUUCUUUACAUAUUUAUAGUGACUAAGGAAUAAAAAUAGACUAAUGAAAAGGAUCAGUUUUCACAUUGAUCUAUGCAAAGAAGUAGAAAAGAAAUUCUAGAGUAGUCUUUACUCCUUACUUGUUUUACCAUUCAAAUGUGUGUAUGAACUGAAUUGGAGGACAUUGACAAUGACACCAUCUUUUGUUAAUGUUCUUUCUCACAAUGUUAUGUUGCCCUUACCUAUUUGUUUUAGAAAAAAGAUUUAAGGCUUUUGAUCUAGGCCUUUAUUUAAAAUACAUUGUAAUAUAAUAAUAUAUCUAUUCUUAAUUUAGAACAAGAUUUAUAGUUCUUCAAUCUCAGAUUAUAUUUCUUACUAAAUAAAAAGACUAUGGAUUGAGACUUGAACUCUCAACCUCUAUUUCCACAAUAUAUUCUUAACCAUUACGCCACGUUUGUUUAUUAUAAACAUUAGACAAUAUUUUUUGAUUUCAUAUAAUGACUCAAAAAUUUUCGAGGCACUGACCCAUGUCGGCCAAUUUUAAAACCCACCAUUAUUUACAAGGAUAAUGUUACGCAUAUUUGUUGAUUGUUUUAGUUGCCCUUGCCUUGGUAGUAACCACUUGAUAUCGGGGUUGGAGGUGUUCAUUCGAGUCAUCGGGUCGAUUUUGGGUCAGAUCAAAAUCGGGUCUUGUGUCCAUGUUGAUUUUCACAUAAUUGUUAAUCCAUUUUUUAUUUCAGAUCAAAUCGAAUUCGGUUUUAAGGUCGGGUAAAUAUCGAAUCAUUGUGUCUGUUUAGAAAAUGCGUAAUCAGAGUAAUGAAAUGUUACUUAGUUGAAUUAUUUGAAAUAAAAUCAAUUCCUUAUGUCAACCCAUUUGAUUACUUCAAGGCAUGAACAAUUCUAUAGUAAUACUAUUUUAUCUAUAUGUUUGAAUCCAUCAGAGUAAAGUCUGAAUUGGGCUUCUAUAUUUCUAUUUUUGUACUUUGUGGCUAGCAUGCAUCCUCUUCCUUGCAUUGCACAAGGAAUGUUAUUAUGAUAAUACUAUAUCAUCUUUGUUCUUUGCAAACAAGGAGAUAAAUUUAUGGCAAUAAAAUUGGUUGAAAGUAUGCAAAAUAUGAGAGAUUUAAUGAUGUUUCGAAAUAUAAGGAUGUUAACUAAUUUAUUGGGGCCCUUGUUUGUACAUGGAAUUGCUCAGGAAAUUUGUAGUCCAUUUCUGAUGGAAGUGAUCAGCAAUAGUUUGUGUCCCGGAGAAUCUACCUGUGCUGAUGUGCUUUACUUGAAUAGUCUUCAGCAAAUUGUUGCUGCACUUCUAAUGAUUCCUGUGCUUCCUCUAUUGUGUGAACUUUCGGAUGAGUAUGGAAGGAAACCACUUCUCCUCCUGACCAUGUGUACUUCAAUUUUUCCUGUUGUUCUUCUCGCUAUCAACAAAUCUAGGACAUUCAUUUAUGCAUACUUUGCUCUUCGUUGUCUUUCCUACAUUCUAAGCUUGAAGACCGUUUUCUGCAUUGCAAUUGCCUACGCGGCAGAUGUAGUUGAGGAUGACAAAAGAGUAGCAGCAUUCGGUUGGAUUACAGGCGUAAUUUCUGCUUCACAUAUCUUGGGGAGUUUGUUAGCAAGUUUUGUUCCCGGAAAGUACAUUUUUGAGUUGUCGAUUCCUCUCCUGAUCAUGUGCCCGCUCUUUGUUCAAGUAUUCAUGGAUGAAACUUCCAGGCGUGCACCUAUGACAAAACAAUCGUUGUGGUCUAUCCUUUUUAAGCCCAUCAGAGAGCGUUACAGUUCUCUCCGAUAUGCUGCAACUGUCAUUUUUAACAAACCUAUACUCAGGGGCAUUUAUCUAGUCUCUUUCUUGUACGAGUUUGGCAUGUUUGGCAUCAACAGCGUUCUACCGAUCUAUCUAAAAGAAGCCUUGAACUUGAAGGAAAGCAAAUUUUCUGAAACAUUAAUGAUUGUACAAAUCGGAUCGGUUUUCUCACAGAUGUUGAUAGUUCCGGCAAUAAAUGUACUGAUUGGCGAGAAGGCCAUACUAUCUCUAGGAUUACUUUCAUCGGUGACUUAUGCAUUUUUCUACAGCAUGGCAUGGGAAACAUGGCUUCCAUACAUUAGUGUUUCAUUUGGGCUAGCAUAUGGAUUUGUUAAACCCUCGAUAUGUGCUAUUAUUUCAAGAGCAUCAAGUUCAAAUGAUCAGGGAAGAGCACAAGGAUUUCUUGCUGCAGUAGACUCUAUAGCAGGUUUCUUAUCACCUCUUAUUAUGGCACCAUUAACUCGAUGGUUCCUUUCAAACAAUGCGCCUUUUGAUUGUAAAGGUUUUAGCUUGAUUUGUGCAGCCUUAUCAAUGAUGGGUGCAUUAUUAGUUGCAAUGCCUUUAAAACCAGAAACAACAUGGAAUCAUGAUCUUAAAGUUGUCCUCCUUACAUGAACAUUUGCAUAACUUCGUUUUAUAUAUUUUUUAUAGUUUGACAAUAUGUGUAGUAAUUGGCUUUUAUAGUGUAAAUAUAUAUUCUCUACCAUCUAAACAGAUGUUAAAAUUAUGUGACAAGAGAGUGAAACAAUUCCUCCAAAUACUUUUUUAAUGCUGUUUAUUUUCUAUUUGAGUUUUUUUUUUCUUACAAUAGAAAAUUUUCAAGGUCUCAUAUAUAAAAAAAAAGUAUUUUAAAAGUUGUAAUUUUAUUAUUCUAUUAUUUUCGAUUUUUUCCAAUUUCAUGAUUAUAUAUUGAUUUUACAUAUUUUUUAGAGAAUAGCAAACAUGAAAAUAAAAAUAAACAGAAAAUUUCAGAAAAAUACUUCAUGUACUAAGAUAGGUUGUGCUUCAACAUUAGAUAAAUCAAUCUAGCACAAAA